AUGGCGCACGCAGCAGCUCUCUCGCCCCACCCCAGCACUGCUAAUCCAUCAGAAGACAAUCCAGAAGGCUUAGGGGCCUCCUGCGGCUCCGCGGCAGCUGCUUCGGGGCCCUCUGCCGCUGCUGUUGCUGCUGCUGCUGCUGAAGCAGCAGAAGCUGCGGGCUCCGCAGCCCCAGACGCCCCCCCAGAAAGCUCAGAGAGCCUGCGCCCGUCGCCUUCAGAGGAAUGGCCGGAGAGGCCCAAGCCCCCCCGCCAGCUUCGCUUCUUCAUCGGCGGAGUUUCUCAAGAAGUUGAAGAGCAGGAAGUUUGGGAGUUGUUUUCGAAGUUCGGGCGGGUGUCGGGAGUGCGUUUGGCGAAAGACUACCUGACGGGGCGCAAGCGGGGCUUCGGGUUCGUCACCAUGGAGGAAGAGGGGCCCCUGGCGGCCAUCUUGGGGGCCCCCCAUUUCCUGCGGGACAAAAAAAUUGAAGUCCGCAGAGAAAACGAAAACACCCCCAGCGACUUCCCCAGAAAAGUCUUUCUUGGGGGGCUGCCCCCCGCGCUGGGCAGCGACCAGCUGGCUCUGGAGCUGGCUCGUUUCGGGGAAGUGGAGACAGUGCAAAUCGCAACAGAUAUGAUGGGCCGCUCGCGCUGCUUCGGCUUUGCCACUUUUAAGCAAGAAAAAGUGGCAGAGUCCCUCAUAGGCCAGGGCUCUUGCCGCAUUGGGGACCGGCUGGUGGAGAUAAGAAGGCCAGAGCCGAAGCGCUCAAGGCCAAGACUCGACAGACGCGGCAGCGUGCCCGCCCCCUGCGACUUUUACCCCUACGGACAGCAGCAGCAGCAGUGGCUCCUCGCAGCAGCGCAAAACGCGCAGCUGUACGCCUACGGGGCCCCCUGCGCGGACUGGGCGAGUUGGCAGGGCUACUACGCCUACUGCGCUGCUGCUGCUGCUGCUGCUGCUGGGGCCAGCAGCUACCAAGAGGCCCCAGCAACUCUUGCUGCAGCUGCUGCGUACGACUGGUACCACUUCACUCCACUGACACCGCAGCACUACGCAGAGGCGGAGGGCGACGGCGCGCUGCAGCAAACCUGCAGCAGCUCAAGCCAGCAGCAGCAAACUGCGCAGCAGCAGCAGCCAGAUGCUGCUGCGCCGUCGCCGGAAUCCUCAGAGCAGCAGGAAGCAAGAAACGGGGCUGCAGCAGCAGCAGCACCGGCAGCAAGUGCAAGCUGCGCAGACACUGCUGCGGCUCUUCCCAGCCAGCCCGCUGAAGCUGCUUCCUCCCAGAGGCCUGCAUCAUUUAUUUAUCCUUUUUCGUCUUCUGAAAACUGCCAAAUGAGCGAGGAAAGCGAAAGAGAAGGCGCAGCGCCAGGCAGCACUGGUGCAGGUGCUGCACCCGCGUAG